CGGUUGUACAAUCCCACUGAUAUACACCAGUUACUAUGUCUACACAGUCCGGUAUUACGCCAUCAUCUGAAUUCCUCGGAUCCUUCAAGAAGUUUGUUGAAGAUGAGGCUCCGAUCCUCACAGCAGAGAUCAUCAAGGAGGUUAUUGAAGUUGGAGACGUUAUUACUGCUACGCCGCUAUCGAAGGCAUUUGACGCGCUUCAGUCUCAAUUGGACGAUUCCACGCCAAAGUACAUUGUUGUUAGACACGCUGAUAACAACGUUUAUACGUUCAUCUCCUACGUGCCCGAUUACGCUGCCGUUAAGGACAAGAUGCUGUAUGCGUCGUCCAAGAACACGUUGAUAAGGCAGUUGGGCUCUGAGCUGUUUGCCCAUACUCUGUUUUUGAACAGCUUGGACGAGGUCUCAUACGAGCACUGGAAGCACUCGGUUUCGGGUGGGUCGUCCAAUGCGUUGAGCAAGGAAGAGAAGGCGUUGAAUGAGGUUAAGGAGUUGGAGCUCGAUGCAAAGAUUCAAUCCGCUCAAAAGAGGAAGCUCGUCGCUCCUACAAACAGUUUGAACUUCAAAUUGCACGCGAAUGCAGAGGUUCCAGUUGAAGAAGGUCACUUGUACUCCUUCAACAUUGACCUGAACACGGAAGAGGUGUUUUUGUCCAAUUCUGCGUCUUUAAACGACGCUAAGGAAUUGCCUUCCCUCAUCUCCAGGGAUUAUCCUCAAUACAACCUCCUCAAGCUCAACGGGAAGACGUAUUUCAUCUUCUCGUGUCCUUCGGGCUCCAAGGUUAAAGAGCGUAUGAUGUACGCCUCAAACAAGAACAGUCUCAUCAACCAUUUCAAGCAAUCAAACACCAUUGACAAAUCCAUUGAGAUUGGUGAUGCGGAUGAGCUUGAGCUCUCCGAGUUUAGCAACGAAAAGAAAGUGGAGGAAGACCAAGGUCAUCUCAAAUUCAGCAGACCUUCGCGUCCAGGUCGUCGUAGAUGAUGCUCUUUCACUCGAUCUUUCAUCUAGUGUACAGAAAAAUAGUCAAUAGAUACAACACCAUUACAAUGUUCUCCA